CGCUGCCACAGUUAACAUUUUCUGAUCGGUGGGUUACCUAUCCCCUCCCUGUCGCCGCCGAGAAGCGCCGCCAUCGCGUCCUCAUGGACAAUCGCAGCCUACGCCGCCGCCUCAAACCAAGCGGCGCCAUGGAGGAGAAGAGCUCUGGGAAGAAGAAGAAGGCCAGGAGGACGACCAAGCCGCCGGCGUCGGCCGAGGAAGCGGUGACGGUGGCGGAGGCGGUCAGCCUCCUCACGGACGACCUCAUCGUGGAGAUCCUCUCCCGUCUCCCGGCCAGGUCUGUCCACCGCUUCAAGUGCGCUUCCCCGUCUUGGCGCGACCUCAUCGCUGACCCCGCCAACCGCAAGAAGCUGCCGCACACCCUCGCCGGCUUCCUUUACAGCACCUACGACAGCGAAGACCCCCGCUUCCAGCACUUCCACUUCGCCAACGUCUCCGACGGCGCAGCUCCGUCGAUCGACCCACUCCUCCGUUUCUUGCCGCUCGAAAAGUACUUGUACGUCAUUCAACUGGACACAUGCAAUGGCCUCCUCCUCUGCCACUGCUACAUGGCCCAUUCUUCUCCUCCCACAGAUGAGAAUGCACCGGUUGAAUGCCAUUACGUCGUGUGCAAUCCGGGCACCGGGAGGUGGGUGGACCUACCCCUUAACUCAGAGGUGCAAGACGGCCAUCGCAUCUUAGCUCGUUUGGCUUUUGAUCCAGCAGUCUCAUCCCAUUUCCACGUUCUUCAGUUUGAGGAGACUGAUCAGGAGAAAUGCGUGACAGGAGUGAACAUCUACUCUUCGCAAACUGGAGCCUGGAAGCAUAGACAAAGCCGGUUGGUUGAGAAAAUUAGCCUGUUCGCUGGCCUUACAAGUGUCUUCUUUCAUGGUAUGCUGCACUUGCUUGCUUUGUUGUAUCCCAUGAAGAUGGACGACGAUGUUGUGCUGCUAGCAGUGGACCUGGAGCGGCAGGUGUGGAAGACUAUCCGUGUGCCGUCAUGUGGUUUGAGUUUUGGUACGAUCGGAGUGUCACAGGGGUGCUUGCACUUUGCUACCACACCCCUAGCUCGCGUUGACAAUAGCAAGAACAAGAGAAGAAAAAGGAGAGUACCACACUGGUAGCAUCACUCUGGUGUUUGGAGGAUUAUGAUAGCAAACAGUGGGCCCUGAAGCAUAGUACCAGAAAUGAUGAGUUGCAGAUCAGCAUACCUAGGCUGGAGUACAAGGUGGCUGCUAUUCAUCCAGACUGCGACACUAUUUUCUUGGACACAUGUGAUGAUGAGACAUUGGCAGCUUAUGAUAUGCAACAUCGAAAAUUUCAUCGAAUCCUUAACCUUCGGAAAAACAAGGCAGUGACAUUUCUACCCUAUGUUCCACUGUUCUCGGACUCAUUUGCAGGUGCAGAUGGGCAGUAGUCAAGCUCAUGUUUCCUCCAAGAAUUGGCUCUUCUGUAGGCUGAACUAUCUGUGUUGAUUUCUGAAUCUACUUAGAUUAUGUAAUUCAAUUUGCUGGUGCUUAUGUUCCUUCUAGCUUGAUUUUCUCUUUGGAGCAAUCCCUGGUAACCUUAGAGCGGCAGCGGUGUUACCUUCAGACAACGUUUUUGCUUC